AUGAUUUCCCUUCAAAGAUUCCUCGUCUCUGUGCUUCUGAUCCUCUCGGUUACUUUUGUCUUCUUUGCCCAGUCCGCUGAGGCUACCAAGGGACCUAAGAUUACCCACAAGGUCUACUUUGACAUCACCCACGGCGAUGAGGAACUCGGCCGCAUCACCAUCGGUCUAUACGGCAAGACCGUCCCCAAGACCGCUGAGAACUUCCGUGCCCUUGCUACCGGCGAGAAGGGCUUCGGCUACGAGGGCUCCACCUUCCACCGCGUUAUCAAGCAGUUCAUGAUCCAGGGAGGGUAUGGAGACGGUACCGGUGGCAAGUCCAUCUACGGCGCCAAGUUCCCUGAUGAGAACUUCAAGCUCAAGCACACCCGCAAGGGUCUCUUGAGCAUGGCCAACAGUGGCAAGGACACCAACGGCUCCCAGUUCUUCAUUACCACCGUCAUCACCAGCUGGCUCGAUGGCCGCCACGUCGUCUUCGGUGAGGUUCUUGAGGGAUACGAGGUCGUCGAGAAGAUCGAGAACGUCCCCAAGGGAUCUGGCGAUAAGCCCGUCAAGACUGUCAAGAUCGCCAAGAGCGGAGAGCUCGAGGUGCCAGCGGAAGGUAUUCACGCGGAACUCUAA